AUGCAAGCUCGCAUAAUUGCUGAUACAUAUUUAGAAGCCAUGUCUAUCACCCAUUUCAAGAAAAAAAAAGUAGAAUCUGAACUGAGAGGAGAUGAGGAAGAACAAAUUGCACGCUUAGCUGAGGAUGGUGAUAUUUACAAUAAAUUGGCACAAUCAUUAGCCCCAGAAAUUUAUGGGCACGAAGAUAUUAAGAAAGCCCUUCUUCUUCUCUUAAUUGGUGCCCCUCAUCAAAAUUUGAAGGAUGGAAUGAAGCUUAGUGAUAAGCUUGCAUCCUGUCCUUUGUGCCGAAGGGGAAGCUAUGACUUAAGGAGGACACCGGCUGAAAAUAUCAAUCUCCCUCCAGCUUACCUAUCAAAGAUUCGAUAUUCUGUGGUUGAUCCUAGAUCGAGCAGAUAUGGAUACUGA